AUGCCGUCGCCUCACAAUGUGCGCCGUCUGGUCUUGACGGCGGCCGUCACAUCAAUCACAAUUGCGGGAUCCCUGUACGGAGCAGGUAUCAAGACCACAGAGGAGAUUGCCGAGACCAAGCGAAAACGCCAGGAAGCUACAUUUGAUGAGCAAAUGAACGCUCUUCAAGGCAUGCGAUCGAAUUUGACGGCCCGAAAAGGCAUGCUCGAAACCCAGAUCCGUGACCUGGAUGCGAAGAUCCAGCAAAAGAAGCAAAUUUCCCUUGACAAGAACGAGCCAGACGGUGGACGAUGA